CAAUAUUUUCUUCUCUCGUUUAUGAUUAUAGCGGCUCUGAACGAAACGUUUGGCAUUUAUAACUAUACGGGAAUCGCGAAACCGAUUGCCCGGCCUUUCCUCGAAUCCCAUUUCCAAUCUCUGGUCGCCUGUCGUACACCUUAUUUAACAGGGUCAAAUGGCAGCAACGCUUCCCAAUUAGCGAAUGCCAUAAACUGUGGUAACGGUCUAUCAAAUGGUCUGCCAUCGGGGGUCAGUCAUCACCCGCACCCGCACUCGCAUCCAUUGGGACUACACUUUGCGACAUCGUUUCCGUGGGCGGCGGCCGCCAGAGGAAAGCCCAGGAGAGGAAUGAUGAGGAGAGCCGUCUUCUCCGACGCUCAACGACAGGGACUCGAGAAACGCUUUCAGAUCCAGAAAUAUAUCUCAAAACCUGAUCGCAAGAAACUCGCGGAGAAACUCGGAUUGAAAGACUCGCAGACGAAGCGAUCACUGAUAGCGUCUGAAAAGUGA